AUGCGCGCUGCCUUCGCCUUCGUUUUCCUUCUCGCCUGCUCGCUCUUUGUGGCUGCUCAGGCCAGCAACAACGUUGCCCAGUGCAUCAUCGCCAAGUGCUCGGCUCAGGUGACCGCCUGCUAUGAGGACCCCGUCUGCCUCUCCGCCGCCGAGUGCGGCUGCGCCACCAAGGCCGCCGGCGACCAGGCCUUCGGCGCCCUGGCCCAGUGCGCCAGCCAGUGCCUCUACUCCUCCACCACCGACGUGUUCGACCUCAUCGCGCCCGUCGACGCGCCUUUCGGCAAGUGCUCGUGGCUCAAGAAGGCCGCCUGUGCCGUCGGCAUCGCCGGCGCCGUGGCCGCGUGCGGUGGUCCCGAGGACAUUAUCUGCAUUCUCGCUGCACUGAAGGCCCUGGAGGGCUGCGCCACCUGCUUCUGCGAGGACCACUGCCACGGUCCCUGCCAGGCUCUCCACUUGUGCUAG